AUGGUGGGAAACUACGUUGAAAAGUUGGUUGAUCUGAAGAAGGAGCAUUAUAAUUCACUGUUUUUUAGCUUUGAAACAGUUGUUAAGAGAACAUGCGAAAGUGAGAAGAUAGACAGAAACGAUCUUCUGAAUCUGCAGGAUAAGGAGCUUGGAUCUAGAAUCGCACUCCUUGAGACCAAUCUCGUGGCGCAGACGAAGAAAUUUUUGGAAAAUAACGGCAUUUUUCUAGAUAAAAUUUCGGGUAAAAGUGAAAAUGUACUAGUUUUAAGAAAUUCUGAUCUGAUGGGGGCUCUUGAUCUUGUUAAGGGGGAGUUUAAAGUGAACAUUGCGCCUUCUAAAUGUCUGGCACUUUUGACAUUCAAGGACCUCAGUGAUGCAUCCCGCUGCUAUAGAGACCUGAAUAUGCGGAGAUUCAAGAACGAGGUAAUUUACUGCGAAUUUGCCCCGACUAGCAGCCUCUUGUUGCCCAAUAACUCAUCAUUGAUUGACAAGACUGGCCAGCCCAUAUUAAAUAAUUGUGAAAGCCCCAAACCAACAAAUGAAAAGCAGACCAACAAAAUCAUCGUGAAGAAUGUGCCAUUCCAGGCCACACAGGACGAGCUUAAGUCGAUAUUCUCAUCAUUUACACACGUUCUGGAUGUCAGAUUGCCCAAAAAAUCAGACGGGACCCAUCGUGGAUUUGCCUUUAUUGUUCUUGACUCACCAAGGCACGUAGACGAUGCAAUCGAAUACUUCAGUAGCUCCACGCAUUUAUACGGCAGGAGACUAGUGCUAGAAAAAGCCAAAAGCUAG